UAUCCAUUCUCUUUUUGGAUAGGGCUGUUCACACUCAGACAAAACGUCAGAUCAAUAACUAGAAGGUAACAGUUGUAGACGUAAUGCUUGUGCGGACGGCAGUUUGGUAAGAUUUACGUGAUCAGCUGAGGUGAACGUCGAGUGGAGUCUUCAACGGGGAAGAUUCGUCUUCUCCCAGGGGAGCAGGGAGCGAGUAAAGCGCUUCAAUCCUCGGGGAUAUUUCGUUCGUGUGAAAGAGAGAAAUUUAUCUACAACUGAGUGUCAGAAUGUGUGACUGCAGUCAUCGUAGACAAUUGGCCGUCGAUAGUACUUUAUGGGGAAUGUGAUGUGGGCUGGUGUUAGGGUUGUUCAUACCACACGACGGGCACUGCAGACUGUUGGCUUGUGAGACUACGUACGCUCCGCUUGUCGAGAAAUUGCUGUAGAAACUGUGAUCGAGCAGUCAGAGUAAAUUGAUGGGCUUCAUUUUCCACUUUUACGUCUUGAACUCCGACUCUGCUGAUUCUUCACUUAAUGGAAAGGACACCUCAGACACCUGCAACUAAUGGAAAGGAAAUUUCAACGAGACCAUUGGAUGCAGACUUCAACUAAUUGAAAACUUUGACAGAUUUCAGUCUCGAUACCCCACUUCGGCAGGUUCAAUCCUCGCAACAGUUUGGUUCUCUUCCGAUAGUGUCGAAAACGGUGUUGAUUGUUGUCAAUCGUGCAACUGCCGUGGAGUUUUUGUUGUUGUAAUGGAGAUUAAAGAAAAGGACUCCGAAAACAAACAGAUGGACCUGUCUUUGAAUAAUGAUGCAAAGAAGGCACCGCUCCGGCUACCCUUAGAGUCUCGUAACAUGAACAGCAGAUAUUCCCGAUGUAAUUCAUUCCAAGCCGAGUGUCGUUCUCUGGGUAAACGAUGUAAGCUGGCGUUGGUGGCAGUUGUUGUUAUAUUCCUCUUGGUCAUCAUAAUUGCUGUCCUUCUAACAGUUUUAGGUAGCGGGAGGGUCCAGCCAUCAGAGGACGAUGCUUAUGCUGUGACAGUGUCAGCUGAAUAUGAAAUGAAUGGGAACGUUGGAGACUUCACCUGCCCGCAAGGAGAAUUUCGAUGCAACAAUCUUACUCGCUGUGUUGCCCAACAAUUCCAGUGCAACAAAAUCGAUGAUUGUGGAAACAAUGCUGACGAAAUGGAAUGUGAACACGACGAAGGCUGGAUAAAAACUUUUGACGAGAAGAUUCCGAUACGGGUGCAGCCGAAACGGGAGCCAAGCACAGAAUGCAGCCUGUCGGGGUUCCCGGAUGUAUGUAUUUGCUACGAGAACACCAGCUUAAAGUGUGUAUACGCAAACCUGACAAAGGUACCUCCGGGUAUAUCUAGCAACAUCACCCAUCUCAAUCUCAGAGGCAAUCAGAUUAUUUUUGAGGAUGGAGUCUUUGAGGGUUACUCGAAUCUACAAUCGUUAAACCUGAUGGACAAUGGCAUAAUCGAACUCCCCGUCGAUGUAUUCCGAGGAUUGCGCAAUCUGGAUAAACUAUAUCUUUCGGACAACAAAAUCAAGUUCUUAAUUCCAGGAACGUUCAGAUAUUUGAACAACGUCACGUGGCUGUUCAUGAGUAAUAACGAACUAGCAGCAUUGGGUGAAGGGGUCUUCCAAGGGAUGGAUAAACUCUACUGGCUGAUGUUGCCAAAUAAUAGCAUAAGCAGUUUAGCUCGUUCCGUAGCAUUCCGUGAUACUCCAAGUUUAGUCUGGUUCGAUAUAUCCGAAAAUCCACUAGGAAGGCUAUCUCCGUAUAACUUCUCUUUACCUGGUAACGUCUCCAUAAUUAGUCUCUUAACAAUCAACAACUGUAACAUAAGCAGCAUUCAUCGAGACACAUUUCGAUCAUUCCGUGGCCUCUCAGUCCUGCAUUUAUCGCACAAUUCUAUAAAGUAUUUCCCGUCAGGCUUGUUUAGGAAUCUAAGUAAACUUGCUGACCUUCAUAUCGACAACAACCCAGCAACAUCUCUUCCUGAGGAUCUCUUCGAUGGACUCCACCGAAUAGACGUUUUGGAUUUACAAGGAAUGACAAUUACUAAUAUAAAUUCUCGGAUGUUCGAGGAACUAUCGACCCUUCAGCAUAUUGAAUUUUCCAAGUUUGACUAUUGUCGUUACGCUCCACACGUUCGAACAUGCAAACCAAGGUCUAAUGGUAUCUCGUCAUUUGAAGACCUAUUGAAGGAUGGUAUACUACGUGUAUCUGUAUGGACUAUUGCUCUACUUUGUUUCUUUGGUAAUGUUGGUGUUCUCAUCAGUCGAUUCAUGAUGAAAGCCGAGAAUCGUAUUCACUCACUAGUAGUCAUCAAUCUCUGCACUGCUGAUUUCUUCAUGUCCAUUUACCUCAUCAUUAUUGGCUUCCAUGAUGUCAAGUUUCGUAAUUUCUUCAACAUGUAUGCUCUUGAGUGGAUGCAGGGAUCUACUUGUAAGUUCGCUGGUUUCCUAGCCAUGUUCUCCAGUGAGGUAUCAGUAUUCAUGCUGACGUUCAUAUCCCUGGAGCGCUUCAUUUGUAUCGUAUACCCUUACAGGCUUCACAGAUUGACAAGCAAAGAGGCCACUGUAGUGAUGUCGGUUAUCUGGUUCUUGGGCGCCCUGGUAGCAUGGAUUCCGCUCAUCAGUGUGGGUUAUUUUGUCGACUUCUACGGCAGCAAUGGGGUGUGUUUCCCGCUCCAUAUUCACGACCCGUGGCUACCAGGAUGGGAGUAUUCAGCCUUUGUAUUCCUUGGACUGAAUGCGAGCUGCUUCACUGCAAUCGCCAUUUCUUACACUGGAAUGUUCAUCAGCAUACAGAGGACCAGAAAAGCUACGACGAAUAUCGGCAAACGCGGUGACAUGAACUACGCCAAGCGUUUCCUUUUCGUUGUGCUGACAGACGCCCUCUGCUGGCUGCCCAUCGCCAUUCUGAAAAUUCUCUCACUAUGCAGCUAUAAGAUUCCUGCAACCUUGUAUGGCUGGAUCAUCGUGUUUGUUUUACCCAUCAAUAGCGCCCUCAACCCAAUCCUAUACACAAUCAGCACAACCUCGUUCUCACAGUGGUUCCACAAACACGUUAAGUUGCGAAGGCGAGGCGAGGGUCGUGGUAGUCUUAGAUUCAAGAACGAAUUCUCGUCCAUGGGAGGGCGGUUGAACUCCAAUACCGAUCAUCCGACUGAGUAUAGUACUGUACCGAAGAGAUCAUACGACAGUAACUCGUCCCCAGUCGCCGAAGAACCUCAGUGCAGCUCCGUCUGACAGACGCAACGCGAGACACAAUGCGUCAUCACGGACGCCAAUAACUCGUUGGAAACAUUGGUAUGGUGUCCCAUGCUGAGUGAGCAGCCAACAGUCAUCAUAUCCUGAAAUAGUUUGGGUAUUUUGACUGAUUCACCUAUUGGGAGACCUGUGCAAUUGUACAUUCAACAUUCGUAAUGUCACGCCUAAGUUUUCGGCUGUCUGCCAAAAAGGCUUUUGCCGCACAACUAUAACAAGAUAGUUGCUUCAGAAAGAUCGGCUGUAAAAUCACAGUGAAAAACUCAAUUUAAGAUUCAGUAUUCAUGUUUGAUUGAUGUUCAUUUGUAAGACGUGUUACAUCGCCAAAUACUUGAGAACAUGGGGAAAUUAUAAAAAGAAAUCAGUAGUAUUGAGUGACCCUAACGUGUGAACGCUUGUUCAAAAUCAAAAGGUUUAAUAAUAAACAGUGGUGGUAGUACUUAUGCAUACCUUACAAGACGAUACUAUAGCAGCGUUACCAGUACGUACAUAACCGUCCAAUGAGCAGUGUACUAUAAGGCUCAUAGUUUUUAUACUACGUCAUAACCACUUAUAUUCAUAAGAGUUUACAAACUGGAGUUACCAUGAUGCAAACCUUCUCGUUGAUACAAAGCUAUAUAGUAUGAUUUACAUCAGCAUUAUUUCAAUAACUAGAUUUCCCUAAUGUAACCUGUUGUUACAAUUGCAAAGAACAGUCGCCGAAGAUGCAGAAUUGACCCGAAGUGAUUUUGUUUUAUCAGAGCAUGUUAUUUUUAGAAUGGGAGCAACUAUGACUGUUCAUGGUUAGUGUCUAUUUUGUUCAUAGCAAAGCGUAAGGAUCGUUUAAAGUCUCCACCAUAAUCACCCUUUUAAGCACACGCUGCUUUUCCUUGUCGCUUAACCUGAAGGUUCCCAUGUUCAAGUUUACAUAAUAUGGCACUUGAACGGUCUCAUGUCUUAACCUAAAGGUUCCCAUGUUCAAGUUUACAUAAUAUGGCACUUGAUCUCAUGUCUUAACCUGAAGGUUCCCAUGUUCAAGUUUACAUAAUAUGGCACUUGAACGGUCUCAUGUCUUAAUCUGAAGGUUCCCAUGUUCAAGUUUACAUAAUAUGGCACUUGAACGGUCUCAUGUCUUAACCUAAAGGUUCCCAUGUUCAAGUUUACAUAAUAUGGCACUUGAACGGUCUCAUGUCUUAACCUGAAGGUUCCCAUGUUCAAGUUUACAUAAUAUGGCACUUGAACGGUCUCAUGUCUUAACCUAAAGGUUCCCAUGUUUAAGUUUACAUAAUAUGGCACUUGAACGGUCUCAUGUCUUAACCUAAAGGUUCCCAUGUUUAAGUUUACAUAAUAUGGCACUUGAACGGUCUCAUGUCUUAAUCUGAAGGUUCCCAUGUUCAAGUUUACAUAAUAUGGCACUUGAACGGUCUCAUGUCUUAACCUAAAGGUUCCCAUGUUUAAGUUUACAUAAUAUUGCACUUGAACGGUCUCAUGUCUUAAUCUGAAGGUUCCCAUGUUCAAGUUUACAUAAUAUGGCACUUGAACGGUCUCAUGUCUUAACCUAAAGGUUCCCAUGUUCAAGUUUACAUAAUAUGGCACUUGAUCUCAUGUCUUAACCUGAAGGUUCCCAUGUUCAAGUUUACAUAAUAUGGCACUUGAACGGUCUCAUGUCUUAACCUAAAGGUUCCCAUGUUCAAGUUUACAUAAUAUGGCACUUGAACGGUCUCAUGUCUUAAUCUGAAGGUUCCCAUGUUCAAGUUUACAUAAUAUGGCACUUGAACGGUCUCAUGUCUUAACCUAAAGGUUCCCAUGUUCAAGUUUACAUAAUAUGGCACUUGAACGGUCUCAUGUCUUAACCUAAAGGUUCCAAUGUUCAAGUUUACAUAAUAUGGCACUUGAACGGUCUCAUGUCUUAACCUGAAGGUUCCCAUGUUCAAGUUUACAUAAUAUGGCACUUGAACGGUCUCAUGUCUUAACCUAAAGGUUCCCAUGUUCAAGUUUACAUAAUAUGGCACUUGAACGGUCUCAUGUCUUAAUCUGAAGGUUCCCAUGUUCAAGUUUACAUAAUAUGGCACUUGAACGGUCUCAUGUCUUAAUCUGAAGGUUCCCAUGUUUAAGUUUACAUAAUAUGGCACUUGAACGGUCUCAUGUCUUAAUCUGAAGGUUCCCAUGUUUAAGUUUACAUAAUAUGGCACUUGAACGGUCUCAUGUCUUAAUCUGAAGGUUCCCAUGUUCAAGUUUACAUAAUAUGGCACUUGAACGGUCUCAUGUCUUAAUCUGAAGGUUCCCAUGUUCAAGUUUACAUAAUAUGGCACUUGAACGGUCUCAUGUCUUAAUCUGAAGGUUCCCAUGUUCAAGUUUACAUAAUAUGGCACUUGAACGGUCUCAUGUCUUAACCUGAAGGUUCCCAUGUUCAAGUUUACAUAAUAUGGCACUUGAACGGUCUCAUGUCUUAACCUGAAGGUUCCCAUGUUUAAGUUUACAUAAUAUGGCACUUGAACGGUCUUAUGUCUUAGGACCCUUUCCCAAACCUAGGGCUUGGGCUCCCGGCUCCGACUCAGGCUUAGUCAGUUAAUUUGAAACUGGAGCUUUUAGUACGGGGCUUCAAAGAGAAAGCCAAAGCCUGAGCACUGGACUUUGACGGAGUUUCGAAAAUGGCAUAGUUUCUGCCUUGUUCGAUGUACAAGGUUCGGGUUGCCCACAUCACGAAUAAGGGAAUAUGCUCAAUAUAUGACGAGUAUACCGCCCUCUUGUUGUCAUUAACGGCCCCAAGGGUAAUUUCACAAAAUCGCAUCACAUAAUAUUGUAUUCAUGCACCUUUGCCCGCUUUAUGUGCAGCUGUUUUUAAUAUCACUCGAGAUUAUUCGUCUUUGGUUUGGAAAGUGCUGCUGUAUUAUUUUAAUUUAUUUGUUUAUUUAUUUAUUUUGCUUUGUUAAGAAAACACCGUUGAAAUUGUUCUUAUAUUAUACAAAUUACAAAUGUCUUGUUUAUAAACUGGGACAAUUCUGACAUCUUAAGAAAUUGUAAAUUAUAAAUGUAUACACAGUAUUUAUCUUCUAUCUUCACUACUCUGCACAUGACUGUAAAAUAUAUAAAACUUAAAAAAAAUAUAUAUAUAUAUAUAUAAUUAUAUGUACUAUGUCGUGACUAUCUAACAAAACGUGAGCUAUUGAAAUGUCCUCGUGUGUUUUGUUCAUUGGUCCUACAUUAGCCCUAUAUAGCGUUUUGUUAGCCCUAUACAGGACUCUUUCUCUGUGUCACUGUAGUACAAUACUAGGGCUAGUCCUACAUCUACUUUUUCAUGGGAUUACAAACAAGCAAAUGGUUCCAACAGCCAAAGGUAAAGUGUUCUUGAUCUGAGGUUCAUCACCGAUUUGAAAUAAUCAAGUUUUAAUAAAUCUGUAAUUCCGGUUGCAGGGAAAUCCA